AUGCAAACAAAUGCUAGAGCAAUCAACAUGCUUGAUUGUGCGAUUAGUGAAGAAGAAUAUAAGAGAUUAUCCACCUGUGAGACUGCUAAAGAUAUAUGGGACAUAUUAGAAAAUAUCCACGGAGACUCCAACAGAGUUAAGGAAAUUGAAUCCACGUCAACUCUCGAAAGAUCCGAAAAUGGUGAAGAUCGAGAAGAUUUCGCCGUGAUGCCCAUGACGAGAAAAAGGAAGAGUAGAAAGAAGCGGAAUAGAAAAUCUCAAUCCAUCCAGAAUCAUCAAAAGAAUCGGAAGAAUGAGGUUCAACAACAAGAGAACAUAUGCUGCUACAAAUGUGGUAAACAUGGACAUAUGAAAUUAAAAUGUCCCAGCCUCAAGAAAAAAAAACAUAGAAUCUCAACUUGGAGCGACGAGGAUGAUCAAGAAGAAAUGACAAAAAUAUGUCUCAAGAAAAGAGGGGAAACAGACGAGGUGUGCUUUAAUGCUAUCCUGGAUUGUGAUCUCAAGAAAAAGAAUCACAAAUCAUGGAGCAACGAGGAUGAAUCUGAAGAAGAAAACAAUCACGAAAGAAUGGAGAAUCAAUAUUUCAUGGCAAUGGGAGAAAUUAACAAGGUAUGUCACACUCCCAUUACGUAUUGCGAUAACUAUGAUGAAUUGCAGGAUGAUAUGGAAUUGGUUCUCAAUGACUUUAAGAAAGUUCUAAAUGAAUAUCAUAAGUUGAGGAAGGAAAAGAAGAAUUGGGAGAUCCAACUUGAAGAAUAUAAAAAGUUGACGCAUGAGAAGAAAGAUUGGGAGAUCCAACUUGAAGAAUAUAACAACUUGAGAAAUGAAAAGAAUGAGUGGGAUAUUCAGCUUAAAGAAUAUCUGGUGGAGAAUAACUUACUUCAAGAAGAAAAUUUUGAGCUUCGCAAACAAAUAAGCAGCUUGCACAAAUCCCCCAGCCACUACUUUGAUCGAUCAAAGUCGUCUCCUUGGCUUAACAGCUAUAAGUCGACUGAAAAGGGAUCUACUGGUAAAUGUCCUACUUUGAACAAGUUGACUGAGAAAAGCUCCAAGUCAACUAAUAAGGCAGCAACAG